AUGUUGCCUCUUCUAGCGCUAACAGCGCUUGCUGCCACAACCGCUUCAGCCAGCACAGACAUGAUCCAGCGCUUCAAGCAGAGUCCAGUCGAAUGGAUCUACCCUCCUCCAAGAUCAGGCUUCAACGCGAGCGUAGCAAAUUAUGCGGGGUGUGGUGAUAUGCCUGCUGGGUCACGCACGUACUUUCCGAUGUCCGGCGGACAGCUAUCAUUCAACUCUCUCACCGUCGCAGCUGACAUUUCGAUCCUUCACGUCGCUCAGAUCAACCCCGUCUCUUUCCACUCUUGGACAGCGUCGGGUGUCGAUAUUGAGGACAUGAGCCCUGGAGAGUUUUGCGCCUCUGCGCCAGAUUUUGAGUCCAGCUAUGAGGUGGGCGAUCAGUUGACGAUGAUCAUCAUGUACCAGCGACAAGAACUGAUGGUACUGAUCUUAGCUUUACGGCGACAAGACGGGCUAUUACGACUGUGCCGACAUAUUACCUUGGUCGAGACGUCCAACUAUACCGCACCCUCCUACACCUGCUCCAACACUUCUUCACUGCUUACGAUGGCUUCUGGUGUCUCAACCUCUGCCGGCCAGGAGAAAAGUGUCUACGCCAAUGGCACUUCCUCCUCUACCUCUUCCUCGGUGACGGUGACGACGACCGCGGGCGUCAGUAACGGGUCAGGUCUUAGUGCCGCAAAGGGAGGCGGUAUAGGAGCCGUUUGCGGGGUUGCCUUUGCCGCUGCGCUGGUGGGAGCAGCUUAUGCGCUGGGAUACUUGCCAUUCAAAAAGAACAGAGGGGAUCUAGAGCUGGUCCAUGAUAGUGACUCGAUGAGGUCCAACAUUCCAUUGAAUGGGACAAAGUUCAACGGGAAGAAGCAAGUGGUUUGA